AUGCCUCAAAGCAGAGCCAUACGAGCGAUCAUCCUUGCGCUCGCCAUCCUGUACAAGAAUGUCGGGAUCGCCACUGUCUCGACAUUGAUAGCCACCGCGCUGUCAAUUGCUGCCUCGGUUCCUGUGGCGAAGCUGCAGGAGCACUACCAAGAUAAGCUGAUGGCAGCAAAGGAUGAGCGAAUGCGCAAGACUGCAGAGUGCUUGAAGAGUAUGAGAAUUCUCAAGUUGCAGGCAUGGGAGGACCGGUAUAGGAUAAUGCUUGAAGAGAUGAGGAACGUUGAAUGCAGGUGGCUCAAGUGGGCUUUGUACUCACAGGCCGCAGUUACGUUUGUUUUCUGGAGUUCGCCAAUCUUUGUCUCGGUCAUAACUUUCGGCACUUGUAUAUUGCUUGGUGGCGAGCUCACUGCCGGAGGUGUUCUCUCUGCAUUAGCUACCUUUAGGAUCCUUCAAGAGCCUCUGAGGAAUUUCCCUGAUCUCAUCUCCAUGAUAGCUCAGACGAGGGUGUCUUUGGACAGGUUGUCUCACUUCUUACGGCAAGAAGAGUUGCCGGAUGAUGCAACAAUAAGUGUUCCACAGGGUAGUACAGACAAGGCAAUCGAUAUCAGGGAUGGCAGUUUCUCUUGGAACCCAUCUUGCUCAAACCCUACGCUCUCUGAUAUACAACUUAGUGUGGUGAGAGGCAUGAGAGUAGCAGUCUGUGGUGUGAUUGGUUCUGGCAAAUCAAGUCUAUUGUCCUCUAUACUUGGGGAGAUACCCAAGCUGUCUGGCCAAGUUAGGAUCAGUGGUACAGCAGCAUAUGUUUCUCAGACUGCCUGGAUACAGUCUGGAAAUAUUGAGGAGAACGUUCUUUUCGGCACUCCAAUGGACAGACCGCGUUAUAAGAGAGUACUUGAGGCUUGCUCCCUGAAGAAAGAUCUUCAGUUGCUCCAGUAUGGAGAUCAGACCAUCAUUGGUGACAGAGGCAUUAAUUUGAGUGGAGGUCAGAAACAGAGAGUGCAGCUUGCGAGAGCAUUGUACCAAGAUGCUGAUAUUUAUUUGCUUGAUGACCCCUUCAGUGCUGUUGAUGCUCAUACUGGAAGCGAUCUAUUUAAGGACUAUAUAUUGGGGGCACUAGCUAGCAAAACAGUAAUUUAUGUAACCCAUCAAGUCGAGUUCCUACCAGCUGCUGACUUGAUAUUGGUUCUUAAGGAUGGUCAUAUCACCCAAGCUGGAAAAUAUGAUGAUCUUCUCCAAGCUGGAACCGAUUUCAAUGCUCUGGUUUCUGCUCAUAAUGAAGCUAUCGAGACCAUGGAUUUUGGCGAAGAUUCUGAUGGAGAUAUCGCUCCUUCCGUUCCUAACAAAAGAUUGACACCAAGUGUUAGCAAUAUCGAUAACCUGAAAAAUAAAGUAUCUGAAAAUGGGAAGUCAUCUAAUACACGUGGAAUUAAGGACAAGAAAAAGAGUGAAGAACGUAAGAAGAAGCGUACUGUUCAGGAAGAGGAGAGGGAGCGAGGAAGAGUUAGCUUAAAUGUUUAUUUAACAUACAUGGGGGAAGCCUACAAAGGUUCACUGAUUCCACUCAUUGUCUUGGCGCAAACCCUGUUCCAAGUUCUUCAGAUUGCCAGUAACUGGUGGAUGGCAUGGGCAAACCCACAAACAGAAGGAGAUGCACCUAAGACAAGUAGUGUGGUCCUUCUUGUUGUUUAUAUGUGCCUUGCUUUCGGGAGUUCAUUGUUUGUGUUUGUGAGAAGCCUUCUUGUAGCUACAUUUGGUUUAGCAGCUGCUCAGAAACUAUUUAUAAAAAUGCUAAGGUGUGUGUUUCGAGCGCCAAUGUCAUUCUUCGAUACUACACCAUCUGGACGGAUUCUGAAUCGAGUUUCUGUAGAUCAAAGUGUUGUGGACCUUGAUAUAGCAUUCAGGCUAGGGGGGUUUGCAUCAACAACAAUUCAACUCCUUGGAAUCGUUGCUGUCAUGAGCAAAGUCACAUGGCAAGUUCUGUUUCUUAUAGUUCCUAUGGCUAUGGCAUGCAUGUGGAUGCAGAGAUAUUACAUUGCUUCAUCGAGGGAGCUGACUAGGAUCUUGAGUGUUCAGAAGUCUCCAGUGAUCCAUUUGUUUAGCGAGUCAAUCGCUGGUGCUGCUACUAUCAGAGGAUUUGGUCAGGAGAAAAGAUUCAUGAAAAGAAAUCUUUACCUCCUUGAUUGUUUUGCUCGGCCUUUGUUUUCCAGCCUUGCAGCUAUUGAAUGGCUCUGCCUGCGAAUGGAAUUGCUCUCAACCUUUGUGUUUGCUUUCUGCAUGGCAAUACUUGUGAGCUUUCCUCCUGGAACAAUUGAACCAAGCAUGGCUGGGCUUGCUGUCACAUAUGGACUCAACUUAAAUGCUCGGAUGUCAAGGUGGAUAUUGAGCUUCUGUAAAUUAGAGAACAGAAUCAUCUCUGUUGAGCGUAUUUAUCAGUAUUGCAAGAUUCCUAGUGAAGCACCACUGAUUAUCGAGAAUUGCCGUCCCCCUUCCUCAUGGCCUGAGAAUGGAAACAUUGAAUUGAUUGAUCUCAAGGUUCGCUACAAGGAUGACCUUCCCUUUGUUCUACAUGGAGUCAGUUGUAUUUUUCCUGGUGGGAAAAAGAUUGGGAUUGUAGGACGAACUGGAAGUGGUAAAUCUACUCUCAUUCAGGCUCUUUUCCGUCUAAUUGAACCAGCAGGAGGGAAAAUUAUCAUUGACAACAUCGAUGCUUCUGCGAUUGGCCUUCAUGAUCUGCGGUCACGGUUGAGCAUCAUUCCUCAGGACCCUACAUUGUUCGAGGGUACUAUCAGAAUGAAUCUUGACCCUCUUGAAGAGCGUUCUGAUCAAGAAAUUUGGGAGGCACUAGAGAAGUGCCAGCUAGGAGAGGUCAUUCGUUCGAAGGAAGAAAAACUGGACAGUCCAGUACUGGAGAAUGGGGAUAACUGGAGUGUGGGACAGCGCCAGCUUAUUGCAUUGGGUAGGGCGCUGCUUAAGCAGGCAAGAAUUUUGGUGCUUGAUGAGGCAACGGCAUCAGUUGACACAGCUACAGAUAAUCUCAUCCAGAAGAUCAUCCGCAGCGAAUUCAGGGAUUGCACUGUCUGUACAAUUGCACACAGGAUCCCAACGGUUAUCGACAGUGACCUAGUCAUGGUGCUUAGCGACGGUAAAAUUGCGGAGUUCGACACACCCCAGAGGCUUCUGGAGGACAAGUCCUCGAUGUUCAUGCAGCUAGUAUCCGAGUACUCCACCAGGGCGAGCUGUAUAUAG